UCCAAUGUUUAAAUUUCCAAAAUGGCUUUUCAAAAUUCCCACAAGGCCAAGUAAUUUCUCUGAAAUCAUUUUAAUCCAACAUAUUCAUAUAAAUCACCACUUCAUAGUUCUACCUGGACAGUGGAAGCUGUUAGCUAUCUUUAUUCAUGAUGAUUAAUCUCAUUUGUAGCUGAAAAAAUGGAUUAAAAAAUAUUCCCAAUAUAAGUCAAAAUAACGCAUUUUUUCCCAAUCAGUCUGGUACCGGCACCAUUCUCAAAGCAGAGGAAAAAAACACUGUCAUGAUACAGUCAAAUUUGUUAGCAAUGGCCAUCCGAGAGAAUGUGACCUUUAUGCACAAGUAGCCUUUAUUCAAUCAAAUAGAACCUUUGUAGCUCUAUAUAUUGCCUAUAAUUAUGUAUUGGUUAGUGACCUUGACUUAUAGUGUGGCCAGCCGCCUUAAUUUGCAGGUCAUUACUAUCAUAGGUUUGACUGUAAUACUUAUUUUGUAAAAUCUAAUAAACUAAGACCACAAAAUAAAGUAUUUUUGCUCAUAUCUUUUUCAACAAUUUUCAUACCUUAGAAUCUAUGUAAUUUUUGUUUUAUGUUUUCAAGAUUUAUUUAUUUAACAAAUUUUAUGUUAAAGAACUGUAAAACCAAAGGCAUUUGGCAAUGAUGAAGACACACGAAAAGACCCUGUUCACCUCUACAAGAUGUACCGAGAUAAAAGACCGGAGAGCAUGUGUUCGGAUGAAAGUCCUUUCUUUCUGACACCAGGCGGAGGCACUCAGAAGAGCUGGUAUAGAAAAGCUCCGAUGGGGAUCAACAAACUAUAUAACAUCAUGAAUGAUAUGAAAUCAGACGCCAACAUAACAAAUUCAAGAAUUACCCCAUAUAGUUCAAGGAAGAGACUGAUACAAAAACUCCAAGACGAGGGAGUUCCAGCAAACCAAAUAGUACAGAUAUCUGGGCACAAGAAUAUCAACUCAAUUAACAACUACAGCAAAAUUAACAAUGAUCAAUCAAAGAACAUUUCUGACAUAUUAUCAAAUAAAAUCAGUAACACUCACUCAGAUCUCCAAGUUCGAAGUUCAACUCCAAAGUCUGCAUCCAUGACCAUGUCAGAUUGUGUUCGUGCCGGCGACAAUAAUGGAAAGCCUCCACAGGGUUUAUUUGCAUACAGUCAUUUCAACGGCAAUGUAACUUUUAAUUUCAACAGCUCAAUUUCUGAAAGCCUAUCCCAAAUGUCAGCCGUAACACUGAAUCGUAACACCAGCUCCGCCUCUGGAUCUGCAGUCCUUGAUCCGUGUUCGCCGAUAAUUAGGCCAUACAAACGUGUAAUAGUGGUCAGGUUCUAAUGAGAAUCAAUGCUUUACACGGAGACCAAACGAUCACAAAUUAUAACUGGAGUAAAUUCUCAGGGCUCAGUAGAUUUAUAUAUAAGUGUCACUUUAUAAAGAUGAUGGACUAAACAACAACAACUAGUAAAUUCAAUUUCAAUCAAUGCUUUUAAUAUAUGAAAAGCCCUAACAAAUUGAAAGAGAAUACUAAUCAAAUUAUAUUUAGUUUUAUAUUAAGAAUAACUAUAUUUAUUAUUUAAUUAAGAUUAUGUUUAUGAUAUUUUUAUAU